AUGGGGCCACAGUCGGAUCCCGAUGUCGAGAUGGAGCCGAUGAAGGGCGCGCAACCCGGCCGGCAUUCCAAGAGAAGAAGGGCGCCGUCUCCAAGUUUGCAUGACGUUGUUACCUCCCCGGUUAUCGACGUGAAUGCGCCUCUGUCUUUGCCGUCAGACAGUGACAGAUGUGCCCAACAACCGUGCAACCCUACUCCUGUGUUCCAGUUCCAGCAGCUACCCCAUGCUCCUCCUCCUCUUAACUCCAUCCGACUUGCCAUUCAGCUUCAGCCCGAUAACACCCCAUUGCCAGUAGAGCUCCUUGUCACGUAUGAUGAGGAUUCUGCCCGCCUGCCCCACAUACAACUGUACUCAGAUGAGGCAACUCCCCAUGCAAACUCUCUGAAGCGUACCCACAACAGUGACAACGCCAUUAUAGAACGGCUGAGUAAAAGGCAGUGUCACGGGUCACUCUAUUCGAGCACUCACAAAAACAUGUCCUUGGGCCAACGGGUGCAUCAUGUUGGCUACCAGACCUUGAUUUAG